AUGCGAACAAGAAAGAAAAAGCGAAAACGAAGGGGCGUCGUGAUAUCCAGAGCCAUGGAUAAAGCAAUCAAAGAAGUGUUUGAUUUAGUUGUUCAAGAUUUUAUUAUGGUCUGGUACAGAGACCUUGGCAAGGAUUAUACCACAUUCAUAUCAGCUCUGGAAGAUGAUAUGUGGGAGCUGAUUACCAACUUGGUUAUAAGGUUACAGAAAGUGGAUAUGGUGCGGUUCAUGGCCCUGGAUGUUACUGAAAAAUUAUGUGAUCACUUCAGGGAACUUCGGGAGACAUCACCAAGUACUGAAGGUGGAGGGAAACUACAACCUUUCCAGUUGCAUCCCUGUUUAAAAAGUGACGUUGCAGAGACAGAAUUUCUACGGGAAGCAACUGAAGUUUUACUUGUUCUAUUGUUGCCAGAGAGGAUAGCCAGCUCCGAGACUGCACGUCAUGUCAUACGUGAAAUAGUGACAUGUUCAGGUGAGUUAACCAGAUGGUGUAAACUAAGGUGGAAUUACUGGGUUUUAAUCAAAAGCAGGUUAACUGAACAGUGCAAGUGUGUUAACCUGGUUAACUUAUAUGUAGUUGAUGUUGCAUGGGUUAAUUAA